AAUAUAAAAUAAAAUAAUUUCUUUUUUUUUGAAAAAUGUCUUCAAUAUGUGAAUUCGAGUUAAGCAAUUCCAAUGGUGUUUACUAUAGUGGAGAAAUUCUUUGCGGUGCGAUAAUUUUAAAGACUUCAUUCGCCAAAGAUAUUAGAGACAUACGUAUCAUAUUUCGUGGCGAGGGUAAAGUAUGUUGGUCCGAAAAUCAAAAACGAAAACAUUCAGAUGGUAACUAUACAAAUGAGUCGAUUAAUUUUGUAGCAAACAAACUGUAUAUAGACAACGUGACUACGGUUCAUGGAGAAGGAACCCUACAACCCGGAACUUAUACAUAUCCAUUUGAAAUACAACUACCUCUAGAAUGUCCCACCGCUUGUGAAGGACGCUUUGGUCAUAUACGCUAUAUACUGGCGUUAAUGCUAAGAAGGCCAUCACGUUUCGAUAAUACGUUCAGUAAGCCAUUGACUGUGAUAAAAUCACAAGAUUUAAAUUUAAAUCCAUCAUUUCGGACUCCUGUUACAAGUGAGGAUAUAUAUAAUUCCAGUAGUUGGUUCUGUUUGGGCGGCAAAAUUACUGCUACACUUUCAAUACCCUUUGGAGGUUAUGCUAUUGGUCAAAGGAUAAAGUUUACACUUCAAAUCCAAAAUCAAUCAAUGUACGAUCUCAAUGGCUAUUCUAUAGAAUUUAAUCGUAAUAUGAGAUUUACUGCCCAUUCACCGCAUCUCAAAUCACGUGAUGAUAUUACCAUAUUAUAUAGAAAAACUUAUGAUAAUCUUUGUAAAACUACUCGUAUAUUUAAUGGUGAUUUUCAAAUAGUUUCUACACCACCCACUACUGAGAAUACGGGUAUUUUACGUGUAAAUUAUAUAUUACAAGUUAUUUUAAAUACAGGAGGAGGUUGUAAUGCAAAGAAAGUUAAGAGUGUAAGAUUACCAAUAUUUAUUGGUGAUGUACCAUUAAGAGAAAGUUUUGCAUCAACAGAGCCCAUUGAAAGUGAUAAUUUUAUAGCGACUACUCCAACGGCACCUGAUCUGAUUUUGGAUGAGGAAAGUGAUAAUGAUUUACCACCAAGUUAUCAGGAAUUAUGUCCUCCAUCCUUUGAAGAAGCUAUACGUAGUGGUUCACCAUUUAUAGAUAUUGAGUUAGAUGAACAUAAUCGUCAUGUAGGAUUUAGUCCAUUGUAUCCCACGUAUUCAUAAAGUAUGUUCAAAUAUAUUUUUUAUAAUUUUUAAUAAAUUUUUGUAAUAAAACUAGAAAAUUAUA